AUGGAUCCGCGACGAUUCCAGUCACCCCGGGCAGACACACCAGAGCCAGCUUCUCGCCAGGGACGCCGCAACUUUCUCCAGCCAGACGCACAGCUCCUCGAUGACGACGGCGCAAUCUCACAAAAGUUUGAAGCUUGUCUAAAGCACAUCUUUGCAAAGUACUGCUUCCCCCGCCCACCAAAACCACCCGUGUCCGCACGUCUACUCCUUGUGCCCCCUACUGGCGCGUACUUUUCUUCAGACGCACUCGACGCCUGGGCACGCGACACAAACGGCGCUCCCUUCUCAGAGGAGACAAAGCAGGAGCUCCGUGACUAUCUCGAUGUCACAGACGACGGCGGCCUCACCUUCAAGGGUUUCCUUCAGAUCUAUCAGCUCCAGACAGAAAACGAUGAGGAGGAAACAUGGCGUGAUCUCUCCAGUCACGGCUUUGACCGUACUCUAACGCUCGUCGCAACCCGUCGUGAAGACGAAGAUCCGACUAGCAUCAGUGCAAUCCUCUCAUGA